UUAACAUUUUUAUUCAGCAAACAAGAUACAUCGUUGUAAUAUGUAUAUUAAAUUCUGCCCGGAAAAGGCAAAGAACAGUGUAAAGAAACGACACGAAGAAAGUACAGGCGAGAAAGGGUUGAAAACAUCAGAAGUUGAACGGGUGGGGGGCAAGAAUAUGUUAAUUUUCGGUCUGAACGCAGCAAUGACUCGUGAUCAGGCAGUCAGCGCCUCUUUCAGUGCGGGCCCCUCGUGAUGGACAGAUGCCUAGCCCAAUCAGAGCGGGACUCUCGUUAUAUAUACCGGUGAAGGGGUUCUUCCUUGCUACAUCAGUCAGUCAGUCACCGGAGGUUGGUAUGGCUCGCACGAAGCAGACAGCUCGCAAGUCCACCGGCGGGAAGGCCCCGCGCAAGCAGCUGGCCACCAAGGCGGCCCGCAAGAGCGCGCCGGCCACCGGCGGCGUGAAGAAGCCGCACCGCUACCGGCCCGGCACCGUGGCGCUGCGCGAGAUCCGGCGCUACCAGAAGUCCACGGAGCUGCUGAUCCGCAAGCUGCCGUUCCAGCGGCUGGUGCGCGAGAUCGCGCAGGACUUCAAGACGGACCUGCGCUUCCAGAGCUCGGCCGUGAUGGCGCUGCAGGAGGCGUGCGAGGCGUACCUGGUGGGGCUGUUCGAGGACACCAACCUGUGCGCCAUCCACGCCAAGCGCGUCACCAUCAUGCCCAAGGACAUCCAGCUGGCGCGCCGCAUCCGUGGAGAAAGGGCGUGAAAUCACGGCCACCCAUUCGUCCCCAAAGGCUCUUUUCAGAGCCACCCACAGUUUCACUUAAAGAGUUGUAGUUUUAUUAUACCUUUCAAAUACUGGAAUGGAACCAGGGGAUUGAUUAGUUCUUGAGAAAAAAGUGCGGGUACGUAACUUAGAUGUUUUUUGCACUAAGCAUUUACAUGGUAGUUUUCUCGGUGUAUCUUGAUCAGUGGGAUUUAACAAAGUGAAAUAUGACCAUUCAGCACAUGGACAAAACUAGGAUUUUUAUAGUUUUAUUGAGGCCAAAACUAAGAAUAAGGUGUGCAGGAGAAGUUAGAACUCAAAUUCCUCCUGAAAAGGACAGUUACGCAGUUCUUGCACGAAUUUCAAAUUCAGAUUUUACGAAGAGGACAUUGAGGUUGAGGGUAGUAAGGUGGGAUUUGAUUGGAAAUUAACGUGCUCUAUUGGGAGGGUGUCUGAAAGGGGCCAUUUCAAGGGUUCCUUAACCUAGAUGACGGACAAUAGGGCUUGCUUGCUUAAAAAGCUGAGUGAAAACAUCAUCAAAGUAUCUUUAAUUAAAAAAUUUUGUAGAUUUGUAUGCUAGCUUGGACUGACUAAACCAUGUGGAGGAAGUCACGUAGCUCCUUAUUAAACAAAUUGUUUGCUGUGGGGUCUGUUAGACUGCUGGAAAAAGAAAUCACCAAAACUAAUAGCACACAAUGAGUAAGAGUAACAAGGUCUAGUUUCCACCCCUGCACGUCAAGGUAAAACCUGGUGAUGUGCAUCAAGAUGCUUUUCAGCCCACAAAGCAAACAAAGUGAACCCAAGGGCCCCGACUUAAUGUAUGAUUUUGAUUUAAUAUGUAGCCCCAGCCCUCUUUCAGUUUCUUCCCAGCAUGCCCUGUAAGCCUUGGCCCUUUCUCUUACUAGUCAUUAACCCCCUGACGGCAGCCAGGAACAAUCAAUAACCAAGCAUUGACUAAGGGUCACAGGUAUGGGUUUCUGUUAAGUUCAAGAUACCCUCAUGGCCUAAGUUGUGUUUUUGCUCCUGAGCCGGAAAGCACAAUGAACUCCUGGCCUCAUGAAGCCAAGCUGGACUGGAAGCUGAUCUCCAUACCUGACAUUAUUUACUGCCCUUCCCUCACUCUUGACCAAUCAGCAAGCCCCUUGCUCAUGAUAACGUGAUUUUUUUGCUCUAAAAAUGCCAUCUAAACCAUGGGGGAGUUCCAGCUUUUCCACCUCAAGCUGCCCGUUCUCCAUUGUGUAGCGCUGCACAAUUAGUGCCUCUUUCUGUCACUGCACCUUGGUGUCAGCAGAACUUGCCAUCUGCAGCGCUGAUGGGCCAGUUCUUUACAAAGGCAGAGAGAGAAGCCUUUUUUUACUCAUUAGUUACGUGGCUGGGUGUGACGACCCCCCAUGACCUGCCAGUUAGGAAUUUGUGAUUUAUACAGCACCACAGCACCCCUUUUUCAUCCAAAAAGUGUAGGCAGCUGUAGAGCUUCUCUCUUUACCUAUGCCCCUUUUAAUAAAUGCACAAAUAUCAACUUAAGUAUUUAUUUUUAAUUUUACAAAUAUAAAAAGAUAACUGAUGGAGUAGAUCAAGGUUUCCUGAGGCCUAAAGCUUUUAUACAACUUGGUGACUCCUACAAACUACAAUACAAAAUUACAGAUAUAAAACUAGAUAGUGAAUAUUAACUUAACAACGGGAAAAGAAGUCAACAGUGGGUGAAAAAGGGGCUCUAUGAAAAGUAACCUCACAGGGUGAUCUGACCACCAACCCCUAACCGGGCAGGUCAUAGUAGGUCGUCAGGCCCCAGGCCCAUAACUUUGUAGUAAAAGGUUAUCUUGGCCUUAAGGCAGCCCCAUCCAUUAUCCAUGUAUUGGGUUGUCGGAAAAAUUCAUGACACAUUUUUGCAAUGAAACACAGAGAAAAAAAUACAUCAUGACUUUUCUAACAACCCAAUACAUCUAGGCUCACACACCCCUGAAAUGCUUCUUUUCAGGCCCCUCCUUCUAAAGUGUGACCACCCUCAAGAGAGCACAUAGUAACUACCCUGCAAUCUAGUCCCUCCCUGCCUUGCUUGCUCCCACCUCCCAUGCUAUCUUCCUAACACCCCCUCAAUUUAAAUUACACCAAGAAACUGCAAAACUGUCAUUCUCGGGAGCACUUGAGAUCUUGCUCCCCAGCAAUGCCGUCAGUUUGGCUGAAACAUAUUUAAAAAUUCUCUACCAGUUUAGACGUUAAUUAUUUAUAUGUUCACUCUACUCCUUUUAUCCACCAGACUUGGUUUCUUCUACAUAGCAUCCAAGAAGGCAGCUCCCAGGCCCUCACAUCAUGUCUCUUGAGGUUCAAUACCUCAAAUGUCCAGUUUUGGACAGAAAUGUUUUGAUUCCUUCAAAUUGGCCCAAUGAUCUCUGGACCAAUCAACCAUCCUUUAAAGUCACACAUUGUCCCUUCCAAUGUUUUAGGCCACAGAAAACAGUAAUAUUUAAGACACAUUGGCAUUUAAGCCUUAAACCAAAAAAAUGAGGUUAGAGAAACCAGGAUACUUGAGGGCAGAGGGCGUUCUAGAGUUCCAUCAUCUGUAUGUAGCCAUGAGCCACAUAUGGUUAACAGAGCUCUUGAAAUGGGCUAGUAGGAGCUGAGGUGUGAUGUGUGUGUGCAAAAUACCGAUGCCAAACGCAUAGUAUGAGAAAUAAAAAAGAAUGGGAACUGUCUUAUACAUCAUUUUACAUUGGUUUUGUGUUGAAUGCUAUUUCAGACAUACUGGCUUAAAUAAAUUGUAUUAUUAAAAUUGAUUCCACCUGUUUCUUUGCCCCUUGUUCAUGUGGCUCUAGAAAGCAAUGUUCUGGCUCUUUCAGUAACUGUGCACCUUCUGUGUACUUUAUGGGGUGCUGGCCCUCAAGGAAAAAGAUCAGGUUGCCAUUUCCGACAGCAACAAAGAUAAACUCUGGGAAUAAAGGUGAAAAGAAAUAUGAAGAGGUAUUUGGAGAAAAGUACAAAAUAUUUGAACAAGUAGAAAACCUCAAACAUUCUUGAAUAGAAAACUUACCUCCCCAGAUGUGUUUAUAAGAACACAAUACCAAGAGGGGGUUUUAUGUGUAAUGAGGGGGUGAAUGGGUCGGAGGGGGAGCACCUUAAUGUACACAUGGAAAAAUGAAAUAAUCAAACAAAAAAUACAAUAACCAGAACAUCCUGAAAAAUAGUAAUGAGAGGGAAUUAGCUGAAAAUAGAACAACCAGGCAAUUCUGAAAAGAGUCAUGAGAACUAGCCUAUCAGCUAUUAAAGUCAAAACAUCUCCAUUUAUUUACUGCACAAUUAUUGUUUGAGUACCUACUCUGGGUUAUGUAUUCCUCUCAGCAUUGAAGACAGCUCUGUGAAGGAGACUUAAACCAGUGUGAUCUCACCUUGGGAGUGGCCAGAAAGAUCAAAGGAAUACAACAGAAGACCAAGAACUGUCCUGGAAUUUAGACUAUGAUAAAGGUGGCAUCUCAAGUGGGGGUGGGGUGGCUAGGGGAGAGGCGAGCAGAAAUGGAAGUUAAUAAGUGGCCUUUGGGAAAAAACAUCCAUAUAUAAAAAGUAUCCCUCUCCAUAACCUUCCACUAAAAUACAGAGGGCUCAGUUCUUGUAAAUGUCAAAUCAACACCACAAAAUUACUGGAAGAAACCAUGGGAGAACUAUCCUCCUUCGUGUGUGUUUCCUCGCAAGGAAAGGAUGGUUUUUCUAUCCACGAUUAUAAAGAAAAUGAAGAUUAAACAACCUCAGUCCGGUAGGGAGGGGUGGGGCGAGAUGAACACAAUGGUCCCUAGCACUAAUGCAGCGGGAAUCAACUCACACCAGCUCCCGCCUUGCAGCAAUAGGUGAAGAACUGAGCGGCAGGCCCCCAAAAGACCGUCCCUAGAACUUGAGAAAAACAUGUGUC